AUGACCAAAAGGCGCGCCGACCACCUUCGCGAUAUUUCACCGAGAGACCCCAAUCACCCAUGGGUUGCACGAGGCUAUCGACCGGAUGUGGCAUAUGCCAACAGGACGGCUCCUAUAGAAGAUCCCUACGGUGAGAUCGCAUAUCAACGCGCCUUCGCCGAGGCGGCUGAGUCCAACUCGUUUCGAGUACCGGAGCCAAUCCUCUAUCACAAUUCUCCAUCGGCUCGGGAGUACAUAAGAAGGAGAGACGAACCCUUUUUCUCCGUCAAAUCUACGAAGCCCAGCAAUAAAACUACUAGCCAGCCUGCCACGCCAACUUCGGUCAAUACAUCGGCUUCCUCUCCAGCAAAGCUUCCUUCACCGAAAUACGGUUCAGACCCGGGAUUCCCACUUGGCAGAGCAGAUGUCAAACAGAACAUUGAGCCUGGUCCUCCCAGACCGACGGGAUCGCCCAGUAGCAAGGACUUCCAGCAACAAUCGCCACCUCCAGUAAGACCCGGUGUCGGACAAACUCCAUCUCACCUUGGAAAUGGUCUACCUUGGACCUUGGAACCUAAAAUCGAUGCUCCAUCAGGUCCUUCUAAGAUGCUACGAUGA